AUGUAUCAGUGCCUCAGGUUGCACGAUUUCAAGACAGGUAUUUUUGUCUCUUCAAAAGGCGCCGAUGGCUAUAUCCUGAGUCGACAGAUCGCUACUGUGUGGCUCCACGAAAUGAUUUUCUUCUUUACAGCUAAUUGCCUGUAGAAAAGCAGUGCAAAAAGUCAGUUAGAACUUUUCGAAGUUUCUUACUUGCAAGCAAUUAAAAAACAUUAGGCAUUAAGCUACCUGAGUGCCACCAUAAUAUCCAGGAUUUACCGUGAGUUCAUUUGGCGCAAUAGAAAUUACUAAUGAAAGUAUACUGCAUUUAGGUAAGUGCUAAAUGUAUAUUUAAACCUGCUAUUUCGUUCCUAAAAUUCUAAAAAGCUCUUAGAAGUUAAUCAAGGCGAUUUAACUUGUAUUUUGAAAACAAUGAAAUCCAUUAGUCAGUAACAACCAAACCAAAAUGGAAAACCUUUAGAAAAACUAUAGUAAACUGUUCAUUUGGCAACAUGGAUAUAAAUUUGGAAACAGUUGCAGAUACUAUAAGGUGAGAGAAGAGGCGAAAGACUAGAAACUCGAUGGAGGAUUGAUUGUAAUGGUCCAUGCAUGGAGUCGCUACUUAUGAACUCUGUAAGUUGCUCUAUCGUCACAGUGUUAUUAUGAACUUUAUAUGCCUAUUUUUAUUUUUUUGGUUUUCUUCAUGGUCGAAGGCUUGAAAGCAAAAUCGUCAUAGAUUUCGUCAUGCCUGUUCUCAUCUUUGUCUACCACUAGGUUGCAAGCCAGCAUAUUGGUAUCUUCUUUUACCAGAGUCAUCUCGUUUUAGUCCAGUGUCGAUGAGUUUAUUUUUCUUUUUUCAUAACAGAUAGAAAAUACCUUGGUAUAACUGCUGAAAGUUAUCACUCACAUCUAUCAUUCCCUGUCAUGUUGACGAACAGUACCAAUAGUGAUGGUCCAAGCCCUUCGAUUGACAGGAGCGCAGAAAAAGGCCUGAGUUCUAGUAAUCCAGAAUUAUCUACAGAAUCGGUUGUCAUCCUCUCUAUCAUCUGCUCCUUGGCGAGUGUCUCUGGUAGCAUUGGAAAUUCCUUGGUCAUCCUUGCUGUCUCCAAAUCAGAAAGCCUUCGAAGUAUUCCUGAUUUUAUCAUAUCAAGUUUAGCAUGUUCAGAUUUAACAGUUUGUUUUAUCUAUCUACCCCUACUUAUUUUCCAGGUAACAUACGGCAAUAACUUUUUUGUUAACACUGUAAAGAGAUUUUUUGGGCAUUUUUCUGUGAUUGCCUCAAUAACCAAUAUGUUUGUGAUCACAAUUGAUCGUUUACUUGCCGUACGAUUUCCACUCAAAUACCCCAUCUUCGUAACGGAAAAAGUAGCUUUUUCUUCCAUUGCAAUAGUCUGGCUCAUUUCGCUAACCUUCGGGACCGUUUACUCCCAAGAACUAAACAAUCCUUCUCACCAUGCCAUUUUAACUGUAUAUACCACCUUGUUAAUCUUUGGCACAUGGGCUAUAUACGCCUUCAUCUUUUUCGCCGCUAAGCGACAAGAAAACAAAGUGGUUCGGCCCGUAAAUCCAGCUACCCCACCGCAAAUUUCUGUCGUGCAACAAAAGGCGACCAAGACCAUAUUCAUCGUUGUUGGAAUUUAUGCGCUUUGUUGGUUGCCAUCAAAACUUAUUCAUUUUUUUGUAAAUCCAGCCAAAAACCCUAUUUUGUUUAAAAAAAGUUUCUUUUGGAUUCAAGCAGCAUUAGCGUGUAAUUCUGCUCUCAAUCCGUAUGUUUACUUCAUAAGAAGCGAAAGGUAUCGCAAACAAUUUACAAAACUCCUUCGACUAAAACCAGCGUCUGACGCUCAAUAA